AUGAGACUCCCGAGCGUUUUUCUCGGCCUUAUUGCGGCCGUGUCAGGCCACACCAUCUUCCAGAAGCUCUCUAUUAAUGGAGCUGACCAAGGGUCAUUGAAGGGGGUUCGCGCGCCUUCAAGUAACAACCCCAUCCAAAACGUCAAUGACGCUGGCUUUGCCUGCAACAACAACAUCCAGUACAAGGAUAACAACAUUGUGUCCAUCGCCGCUGGUGCAAAGGUCGGUGCUUGGUGGGGGCACAUCAUUGGAGGUGCUCAAGGCACUAACGACGCCGAUAAUCCCAUCGCCGCGAGCCACAAAGGCCCUAUCGUUGUCUAUCUGGCCAAAGUCAGCAGCGCCGCCAGCACUGGCACAACGGGCCUCAGCUGGUUCAAGAUUGCGGAAUCUGGCCUGAGUGGAGGCACAUGGGCCGUGGACACCAUGAUAGCCAACAAUGGCUGGCACUACUUCACUCUUCCCUCGUGUGUUGCACCUGGGGACUACCUCCUGCGCGUUGAGAUCAUUGCCCUCCACUCCGCCUCGACACAGGGAGAGGCCCAAUUCUAUAUGGAAUGCGCUCAAAUUCGGGUUACUGGUUCAGGUACCAAUGCCGGCUCCAACACUGUCAAGUUUCCCGGCGCCUACUCGGCGACCGACCCAGGCAUUCUCAUCAACAUUUACGACAACUCCGGGAAGCCAACGAACGGUGGCCGCUCAUACAAAAUCCCGGGUCCUUCGGUACUCAGCUGCUCAGGUUCCGGAAGUGGUAAUGCUUCCCCUUCUGCCUCCAGCUCUCCGCCUGUGUCGAGCUCUCCUCCGUCCAGCAGUGGCGGCAAGACUGUUGCUUUGUAUGGGCAAUGCGGCGGCCAAGGUUGGACUGGCGGUACGACAUGCUCACAAGGAAGCUGUAAAGUCUCGAAUCAGUACUAUAGCCAGUGUCUGCCUUGA